AUGGCGGCCGGUAGCUGGCCCAGGGCCAGUGCGUGGCGGCUCUUGCUCGCCGGCGGCGCUUCGCUCCUGUGGCUGCUUGUUGAUCUCCCAUGGGCCACGGCGGCGGUCCGCCGGAGCGACUUCCCGGCGUCUUUCCUCUUCGGCACCGCCACCUCCUCGUACCAGAUCGAAGGCGCAUACCUCGAGGGCAACAAGAGCUUAAGCAACUGGGAUGUCUUCACUCAUACACCAGGAAGAAUCGAAGAUGGAAGCACCGGGGAUACCGCGGAUGAUCACUAUCAUCGUUACGAGGAUGACAUUGAGCUCAUGCACUCUCUCGGCACGAACGCCUACAGAUUCUCGAUAUCAUGGGCCAGAAUUCUUCCAAAAGGAAGAUUCGGCCAAGUCAACCCGGAAGGCAUCGCUUUCUACAACAAACUCAUCGAUUCACUCCUGCUCAGAGGAAUAGAGCCAUUCGUGACGCUGGCCCACUACGACAUCCCGCAAGAGCUCGUGGACAGGUACGGUGCGUGGCUCAGCGCCGAGGUCCGUCGCGACUUCGGCUACCUGGCGGACGUGUGCUUCGCGGUGUUCGGCGACCGCGUCAAGCACUGGGCCACCUUCAACGAGCCCAACGUCGCCGUGACCAAGGGCUACAUGCUCGGCACCUACCCGCCGGGGCGCUGCUCGCCGCCGUACGGCUCCUGUGCCCAGGGAAACUCCGACGCCGAGCCCUACGUCGCCACGCACAACGUCGUCCUGUCCCACGCCACUGCCGUCGAGAUUUACAAGAGGAAGUACCAGAGAAGGCAGAAGGGCAUGAUUGGCAUUGUGAUGGCAGGCUUCUGGUUCGUUCCACUGACGGACACACCAGUGGACCGGAUGGCGACUGAACGGGCACUGGCCUUCAGUGUUCCAUGGUUUCUUGAUCCGAUAAUCUACGGCGACUACCCUCCGGAGAUGCGACAGCUCCUGGGCUCCAAGCUGCCGACCUUCUCGCCGGAGGAGAGGAGGAAGCUGGGUUACAAGCUGGACUUCAUCGGGAUCAAUCACUACACGACUCUGUACGUGAAGGACUGCAAGUUCACGUCAGAUUGCCCAUCGGGUCAGGAUAUCCAAUAUGCGCUGGCGGCCUACACCGGAGAAAGAAAUGGAGUUCCCAUCGGACCUCCAACAGCUAUGCCACUGUUCUUCGAUGUUCCUGACGGGAUAGAGAAGAUGGUCACCUACAUCAUGAAGAGAUACAACAAUCUUCCCAUGUUCCUAACCGAAAAUGGCUAUGCACAGGGUGGAGAUGGUUACAACCAUGUUGAAGAUUGGCUUGACGACCAGGGUAGGAUACAGUACCUCGAUGGUUACCUCACAAAACUUGCCAAAGUUAUCAGGGACGGCGCCGAUGUUCGAGGUUACUUCAUCUGGUCUCUCAUUGACAAUUUUGAGUGGACAUACGGAUACACCCUCCGGUUUGGACUUCACUAUGUUGACUACCAAACACAGGAAAGAAAGCCCAAGUCAUCCGCGCUGUGGUACAAACGGUUCCUCAAAACUGGAGGGAUCAUGGACGGACGCACCGGGGACGUAGCUGACGACCAACUACCAUCGCUACAUGGGAGAUGUGGAGAUCCUGCAAUCGCUGGGCGUCAACGCCUACAGAUUCUCCAUCUCAUGGGCGAGUAUUCCACCAAGAGGCCGGCUUGGUGCGUCAAUGCAGGUGGGAUAGCCUUCUACAACCUUCUGAUUGAUGCGCUCCUGCAGAAAGGGAUCCAGCCAUUCGUCACUCUGAACCAUUUCGACAUGCCGCACGAGCUGGAGGUCCGAUACGUCGGCUGGCUGGGCGCUGGGAUCCGGGAGGAGUACGCGUACUACGCGGACGUCUGCUUCGGGGCGUUCGGCGACCGGGUGAGGUUCUGGACGACGUUCAACGAGCCCAACCUGUUCACCAAGUUCGAGUACAUGCUGGGCGCGUACCCUCCCAGCCACUGCUCGCCGCCGUUCGGCAGCUGCAACAGCGGCAACUCGGACAGGGAGCCGUACGCCGCGGCGCACAACAUCAUCAUGUCCCACGCCGCCGCCGUCCGCAACUACAAGGACAACUACCAGGCGAAGCAGGGCGGCUCCAUCGGGAUCGUGAUCGCCAUGAAAUGGUAUAUACGAGCCGCUGACGAAUACCACGGAGGACAUUCUGGCGGCGCGACGCGCGCAGUCUUUCGAGACCGAGUGUACUUCUUGUAUUACUUGCUUCGUUACUGUUCGUAUACGGUGAAAUUUGCCGCGCGCCCGUCUCUGAUUUGUAUUGUGAACCUCUCGCAGACUGCGCUGGCUGGUUUCUACGAUGUCCCAGAGGCCAUAGAGCCGGCUAUCAUGUAUGUCAACGGUAGGUACAAGGACACGCCGGUGUAUAUCACUGAGAACGGUUUCUCACAAUGGAGUGAUGCCAACAGGGAAGAGCUGAUCAACGACGUGGCAAGAAAGAACUACCUGCAGGGCUACGUCACAUGCCUAUCCAAAGCAGUCAGGAAAGGGGCCGAUGUGCGUGGCUACUUCGUGUGGUCUCUUCUCGACAACUUCGAGUGGAACUCUGGGUACACACAAAGAUUCGGGCUCUACCAUGUCGACUACAAGACACAAAAGCGAACCCCAAAACUGUCUGCGAAAUGGUAUAGUGAGUUCCUCAAGGGGUCACCCCUGAGAACAAGGUCCCAAAAUGGAAAUUCCUACAAGUACAGUGCCUAA